UAAUAGAAGGACUGGGACAUCAGAUCUACAUUUGAUAUUGAUAUUAUAGCUGUUGACAUGGUCUUUCCUUAAAACUCCGUUGACACUAGAGAUAUCACCAGCUUCUUAUCCGUUUCGUAUGUGUCCAAGAUGACCAGCGGCCAGCAAGAAGUCAGCACUUCAGAGUCCAGCACACUGACCACGAUCGGGGACAACGGAGGCUCAGACAUGGACAGCCCGGAGGAUAUUAAGACACUGCUGGACGAGGAAUCGGUAGUGGUCAGUGUUAGUCCUCACAACCAAAGUGUCGAAGACAGAGAGAGUGAUGAAAGCAAGGAUCCAAACCCGAGGCACACGUGGGCCAGGAAACUGGAGUAUACUUUAUCCGUCAUUGGGUAUUGUGUCGGUAUGAGUAACGUGAUACGAUUCCCUUAUCUGUGUGUUCGUAAUGGCGGAGGCGCCUUCUUGAUCCCAUAUUUUAUUUGCUUGACUGUUUGUGGGAUUCCGCUCUUCUUCAUGGAGGUUGGUCUUGGCCAGUUCAUGUCUAGAGGAGCUCUCCACGUCUGGAACAUCUGUCCAUUAUUCAAAGGUCUCGGCAUCUCCAUGAACGUUCUGUCCGGACUGAGCCAAUGGUACUUCAGCAUUAUAUUCGCCUACGUCUUGGUUUACCUGGCCAACUCUGUCCGGUCUCCUCUCCCGUGGACGCAGUGUGGACAGGAGUGGAACAGCAUUCACUGCAUCCCGCCCGGAAGCAGCGCUCAGGAUUAUGGGAGAAAUGCUAAUUCCAGCGAGAUGCUCUUGAACGCAAGCGCCCAUUGGAUGAAUUCUUCUAGCACCGGAAACAUGUCGUCGUCUGCAAGCCGUGAAUUCUGGCUACGCUACGUCCUGCAACUCUCUCCUGGCCUGGAAGACAUGGGUGGCUUGGUCUGGUACACGACGCUGGCCCUGUUCAUCUCUUUUGUGCUCACAUUUGUCUGCAUCAUCAAAAGUAUACGCUCUGUAGGCAAGGUGGUGUAUGUAACCGCCCUUCUCCCUUACAUAUUGAUAACAGUGUUGAUGAUCAAAGGGCUGACUCUGACAGGCGCUGUAGAGGGAAUCAAAUUUUAUGUUUUUCCUAAUUUCAAUAAACUUUUACUGACCAGCACAUGGAUAGAAGCCAGCAUCCAGGUAUUCUACUCUUUAGGCCCGGCCUAUGGAGGCUUGAUCACGAUGGCCAGUUAUAAUAAGUUCAACAAUAACUGCCUGAGAGACUCUGUGAUACUUUGUUUCGUCUGUGAAGGGACCAGUGUGUUCGCCGGAUUCACAAUUUUCUCCAUACUUGGUCACAUGGCCUACAAUCUAAACACCACAGUCUCAAGUUUCGCACAGUCAGGUCCGGGACUGGCCUUUGUUGUCUACCCUGAAGCUAUUUCUUAUCUCCCCUUACCACAGUUAUGGGCCGUGCUCUUCUUCCUGAUGUGCUUGACUAUCUGUAUAGACUCUCAAUUCACACUUGCUGAGACAGUGCUGACCACACUUCAAGAUGUCUGGCCGAAGUUUGUCACAAAGUGGAGCAUCGCAAUCAAAUGUCUGUACGGCGUCUUGAUCUUCUUGGCUGCCCUACCUUUUGCUUCCAGGGCUGGGAUGUACUUAUUUCAACUGAUGGACUGGUACUUCGCGGCUUUCUCUGUACUGAUGAAUGCUAUCCUGGAAUGUAUUAUCAUUGGUUGGAUUUACGGAGCUGGGAAGUUUCUAGACGACUUACAUUUUAUGUGUGGCAAGAGACCACCAUACAUUUUUGUGAUUUUGUGGAGAGUAGUCGUUCCUGUGUUGCUAAUGAUUAUUUUGAUCAUCACAUUACUGACCUACCAGCCCCCUGUCUAUGAAGGCUAUGUCUACGGUAGUGGGGCGGAGAUGUUUGGAUGGUUCAUCGCUUGUCUCCCUUUUCUACCCAUUCCCUUCUACGCUGGCUUCAUGCUGAUUACCACCAAAGGGACGCCUCUGCAGAGACUGAAAAUUUCCUGUACACCCACUUCAGACUGGCGCCCUCAGGGCGAGGAAUUGAAUACAAAGUAUCAGACAUGGACGAAAUACAGAGCGCCCUGCACUCUACGACUGCCGAAAAUAGGGUUUGAACGACGCUAGAACAAGAUAUUACGACUUUCCAAAGUUGUUUAAAUUUACUUCAGAGUAUCGAAUAUUUGACUCUGAUCAAAUUUUACAUUCUUAGCGCUUGUCGUUCGCAGUACAUUUAUUCUUUUUUUUUCAUAUCUAGAUCUCCGUAUAUUUUAAAACUUAACUUAUACAUAAUCACAUCCGUCCAAACAAAUAUAAGAAAAAUAAACAGAUACCCCCCCCCCCCAACCCUCAAAGAAAACAACAAUCGUUAUAUCAUUAUAUAUUGAAAACAACUUUUGGGGAAAUGAUCAAGAACCUAAAAACAAAUUAAAACCCAGAAUCGUGCUGGAAAUUGUUGGGCUGGUUAUACUGUUUUGGUUAAACUGUUUUGGUUGUACUGUUUUGGUUAUACUUCUUUGGUUAUACUGUUUUGGUUAUACUGUUUCGGUUAUACUGUUUGGGGUCUGAAUAGAGCUUUGACCAAACGUAAAGACCCACAUAGUAAUACUGAUCGAAUGUAUUUAAAGUUGUAAACCAUCUUUGGAUCUCUACUAGAUAGAAUGAAUAACAAUUAAGAAAUUCCAGCUGUUUAAUUUUUUUUCAGUUCCAAUUUUGUAGCUUUCAUUGUCAACUUUAAUUCUAAUGUAUAAACUUGAAAUGUACUCAAACAUGUUUUAAUGUCCAGAAAUGUUGGAUGUUGUUUUAAAUUUUUUCUUCAAGAAUGAAACUUGAGAUUUCCCAUUUAAAUACAGUACAGGACUAAUUGCCUAUUUGUUUUAAAUGAAUGAUUAAAAUCAAAACAUUGUAAUAAAUGAAAUCAAUUCAAAUUUAUUUCUAGUGAAAUAAUUUUUGUUUUAUAAAAGAAAUAUGUACACCUAUUUUUUAAGUUUUACAAUUUUGAUGAAAUUUCCUAAUGACGAUGACUUGUAUU